AUGGAGGAGUACGGCGGCGGGGGAGACCUGCUGAGCGAGGCGAUGUGCUCCGGCGCGCGCGUGGUGGUGGUGGAGGACUGCGUGGACGCGCCCGGCGCGUUCGUGCUCCACCUCCUCCUCAAGCGCGCGCUCGCCGGCGGCGGCGGCGGGGGCGCGGCGCUCCUCGCCCUCGCGCAGCCCUUCUCCCACUACGACCGCGUGCUCCGCAAGAUGGGCUGUAAUCUAUCUGUGCAUCGGAAGAGCGAGAGGCUUCAUUUCUUCGACUUGCAGGCGUUCCCAGGGGGGACAUCGGGAAGUGGCAUUGCUGAUAGCUUAGCUCAGCUGUAUAACGGCGUUCGGAGAGCGGUGGAGGCAAGCAUGGCAAAAGAAAGCGAUGGUCGGUUCACGGUCAUGAUAGAUGAUGUUUCGCUGUUGGAAGUAGCUGCUAAUGGUUCUGCGGAUCACGUCUUGGACUUCCUGCAUUACUGUGUCACGCUCACGUCUGAGAUGAAUUGCUCACUCGUGGUCCUUGUUCAUGAGGACAUAUAUUCAAGCAAGGAUGGUGUGAGACUUCUUUUGCAUCUGCGCUACAUUGCGGACCUUGUGAUUAGAGCCGCGCCUUUGAGCACCGGUUUGGCUGCUGACGUUCACGGACAGCUUUCCGUGGUUAACAAGGGGAUGAUGCUCAGCGAGCAGAGGCUGGCGAAAGGACAGAAAGUUUGGAACUUCCAUUUCAAAGUGAAGGAGAAUGGCGCGGAGUUCUUCUACCCAGGAAGCAGGCAUUAGGAUUUUUACUGCAGGCUCGCAAUUCUUGCGCUCUUCUUCUUGCCUUUUACUCCCCUUGUGCGUGUAUCCGGGAGGAGGUGUACUCAAUACUGUACUGUAAAAGACACUGCAAAGAACUUCAGUACCAGAACAUUCAGUUACCUUAGAGUGGAAAUGUAUCUUUUUGACUUGACAACACCACCAUGCCAUCAACUGCUGCAGUUACUUUAGCUCUAUCAAGAUUUACAUGCAUGAUUGAUCCAAUAAACCGCUGUCGUAGCUGGCUUGCUCCUCCUUAAAA